AUGUCUGCAUCUCAACAAUACUGGCUUCCAGGAUACGGUCUAUCCCGUCAUAUUGUCCUAGGGCAUAUCCACUAUUUUCUCGGCCCGAGUGCAUCGGUCCGGCCGUUUAGUUACCAGGGGCGCGAAGGAUAUCUUAUCACAGGCCCACCUCUUACACGGGAACAAAUCGACGAUCUGGCUGCUAUGUCUCGAGAGUAUGAGAUGCAGGAAGCACUUCGUAUGGCGAACCAGAACCAGAACAAUAACGGUAUCUACGCUAGUAGCCAUGUUGAUUCGCGCCAGUCAUCUUCAGAGCCCUAUAUCAAUGAGUUGAUCCCGGUUGACAACUCUCGACCUCGCAGACGCGCAGAACCGGAGGCCAGAGGAGCUCGUUGA